GAUGCUGUCCUUCCGGCCGUUCUGCCAGCCGAUGGUCCACCCCGCCGAGGGAACCGAGGGAGAGGGGAGAGGGAAAGGGUGAGCGGGAGAGACAGACAGAGAGAGAGAGAGAGAGAAAGACUUGCUCGUCGGUCCCCAGACACGCCGUCGCGUGGUCCUCAGCCACUCCUCUGCCCUCUUGCGGACGACAGCCGCUCCUCCCCGGGCAGAUGGCAGCGGUACCAAUGACUCCCGGCGGCUGGCAGCGACUCCUCCAUCCCCUGGUGGACGGCCGCGGCUCGUCCCCUGGCAGACAGCAGCGGCGAGGACUCUGUGACAGUGCAUCCCUCCUCCCUCCCGGCACCAAUGUAACGAGUAAAGGAUGGGCAAGAAGGAGGCAGGAACUGGCAGAACAGUCAACAUAACUUUAAUGACUUUGGUCCAAUUAACCCAUUCAGAACCCAGCAGAUGGCUGCGCCGAGAAACAUGUUGUCUGGUUUCACAGAACCGGCCCACGUCAACGACUUCAUGUUUGAGCAGCAGCGGAGAACAUUCUCUACGUUUGGUUACGCUUUGGACCCGUCUGUGGACACCAGUCAGGUCUCGUCCAGCAGUUAUAUUGGAGCCAUAGAAGAGGCAGAGAAAAACAAAGGGCUAACCGUGUUUGAGACUGGACCCAAGAAAUCAGAGAAGAGGAAGAAGGUGAAAGGCGGAGAUGCGUCAGACAUUGACAGUUUCCUGGGCCCCUGGGCCAAAUACCAGGAUGAGAAAGAUGUGGCCAAACCCUCAGAGGAGGAGCAGAAAGAAUUGGAUGAGAUCACAGCUAAGAGACAGAAGAGAGGAAAGAAUGAAGAAGAAGCUCCAGCAGAGGAGAAGACCAUCUUACACAUUAAAGAUGCGUGUGAUUAUCAGGGCCGCUCGUAUCUACACAUUCCUCAGGACGUGGGCAUCAACCUGCGAUCUGCAGACAUACCAGACAAAUGUUACUUGCCCAAGAAACAGCUGCACGUGUGGACCGGACACACUAAAGGUGUCAGUGCGAUCCGUUUGUUUCCCGUAUCUGGUCAUCUAUUGCUCUCCUGCUCCAUGGACUGUAAAAUCAAGUUGUGGGAGGUUUAUAGUGACCGAAGGUGUGUGCGGACAUUUAUCGGUCACAGUAAAGCCGUGCGUGAUGUGUGUUUCAAUAACACCGGCACACAGUUUCUCAGCGCCGCCUACGACAGAUAUCUCAAACUCUGGGACUCAGAGACUGGCCAGUGCAUCGCCCGCUUCACAAACAGAAAGGUUCCCUACUGCGUGAAGUUCAACCCUGAUGAAGACAAACAAAAUCUGUUUGUUGCAGGAAUGUCAGACAAAAAGAUCGUCCAGUGGGAUAUCCGCUCUGGUGAGGUCGUACAGGAAUAUGACAGACAUCUGGGUGCCGUCAACACCAUCACGUUCGUGGACGAGAACCGUCGAUUCGUCAGCACCUCCGAUGACAAAAGUCUGCGUGUGUGGGAGUGGGAUAUUCCUGUGGACUUCAAAUACAUCGCUGAGCCCAGUAUGCAUUCAAUGCCCGCUGUCACACUUUCACCCAACGGUAAAUGGUUGGCCUGUCAGUCGAUGGAUAAUCAAAUCCUGAUAUUCGGAGCGCAGAAUCGGUUCCGUCUCAACAAGAAGAAGGUGUUCAAGGGUCACAUGGUGGCGGGAUACGCCUGUCAGGUGGACUUCUCCCCGGAUAUGAGUUAUGUUGUAUCCGGUGAUGCUGAUGGAAAGUUGAAUAUCUGGGACUGGAAGACCACUAAACUGUACCACCGGAUCAAAGCGCAUGAUAAAGUUUGCAUCAGCGCGCUCUGGCACCCUCACGAGACCUCUAAAGUCAUCACCUGCGGCUGGGACGGACAGAUCAAACUCUGGGACUAAAUGAGGAAGAGUUACAGGCAUUUCAGGCCAUUUCAUACUUUUUAUACUUCCUGUCAUCCUCAAGCUUUCUUCCCAGCUGCAUCGUACACUCUCACUGCCAUCUGAUCUUUAACACUGAUGUGGUGGGGUUUAUCGUGCUGGUAUCCAGUCACACAUGCAAACACACCAGAGACUUUCCUGGCACUGGACACAGGCCAUGAGCUUUUAAUCUCAUUUGUUUUGUUUUGUAAUGAUUGAAAAUGUAAAGCAUUGCUUUACCUGCGUCUCCAGUGUCUCAGAUUUCAUUUGGUUGAUAAUAAAUCUAUGUAGUUUAUUUCUGAUGUCUGUGUGUUUUCCAGGAUUUUGGCAAGUCCUUUGGUGACAUUGGUGAGUGAGAAGUAAAGAUUCGUUAUCUCGCAUUUUGUUUGUCUGUUGUGAAAUAUUAUCGGUAUUAAUUUUACUCAUCGAUAUUAUACUGUUUUUUUAAUACUACGACUAUCAUAGUAGAACUGCUUAGAUGUUGUAACUGGUAUUGACAACAGCAACAACAAAACGACACACAUCGUGACUAUAUUCAAUGCCUUGAUGACUUACAAAUCUUCUUUGGGGUUUAUCUCACACAACCUGUCCAUAAUAUGUGAAUAUAAUAUUUUAUUUUUGAAAGUAUUUUUAAUUAAACGUCUCCCUGAUAUCUUUGGUCGGCUGUCAUGAAGAAAGUUUCUAAAAAUGUUUUAGGAAUGUUUUUGAUCAGAUCUUGAAGAACAGAUGAGGAACUCACUCUCACAUUGACAUGUUCUCCUCUUAAAGUCUUGUGUGUUAAAGGGAUUUCUUCUUAUCCACUUGAUAAGGCGUGUAAAAACACACACAGCCUUUGAAAUGUCUGGGUCAUAAAUUAAAAGAAAUUAUAUCUUGCAAAGAAAAAAAAAAAAAACACAUUUUA